UACGGGGAAAUUGGACUCAUAUUUAUUGACAUUCAACAAGGGAACAAUCAAGGAAGAAAGAGAGACAUUUGAAAUUAGAUACUUCGCGGUGAACACGGGAAUCAUCAAGGAGGAAAGAGACAUUUGAAAUUGACAAAGUUCAGGCCAAAAUGAUCAAGCUCCUACUCGGUAUUGUGUUCUUGGCAGGAAUUGUUGUCCAAAGCACAGAAGCUUGGAAAACAUGCAGUGCAACAGGCGACCCACAUUUCAGUACCUUUAAUCGGAGGAGAUACGACUUCCAAGGAGUAUGCCAUUACAUUAUGGCACGAGAUACUCAUAGGCGAUUUACUGUGAUUGCCAAAACUGAGAGGUGUGGACGUGCUUCAUGCACAAGUACGGCCAUAGUGACAGUGAAACAUUUACACAUCGUGAUCAACCGUGGGGGAAGAAUCGUCAUCAAUGGAAUAACCAGGGGUUUGCCAUUAAACUCGAAAGGUGUGAACAUCGUCAGAUUCUCACGUGGCGCUAAAGUCAGUGUUCCAAGUUUGGGUUUGAUCGUACGUUACGAUGGCGUAUAUAACCUUUACAUCCAAGUUUCAGCGGCAUUAGGCAAGAGUGUAGAGGGUCUUUGCGGAAGUUAUGACCCGCGGAAAGGUCUUAGAAAACCUCACAAUCGAAGGCCUCGAAAUAUUCAAGAUUUUGCUAACUCCUGGAGAACUGACAGUUCGUGCAGUGCUCCGAAACCUAUGCCAAAUCCUUGCCAAACCGCUAACAAACAAAUAGCGCGAGACGCAAAAAAGCAUUGUGCUUUACUGAAAGAGCAUCCCUUUUCGACAUGCCAUAAGAAAGUGAAAGUUACCGCUGGUUUUAUCCAGAAUUGCGAGUAUGAUGCCUGUGGUUGCAAAGAAGAGUAUCCUUCGGCGUGUGUAUGUGAAGAAUACGCUGCCUACGCCACCUCUUGUGGUUUUGCGGGAGUCAACAUCCGAUGGAAAAAUCUUCCGAAAUUCCGGCAUUGCAACUUUCCAUGUUCCUCCGCUCCUUGCUUAAAUGGUGGCACUUGUACGAACAGAGGAGGCGAUCAUUAUAAAUGUACAUGUCCUAAAGGUUACCGCGGAGACAACUGCCAAAUUGGAGAAACAGGAAAGUGUAGUGCCACAGGUGACCCCCAUUACACCACAUUUGAUGGUGAAAAAUACGACUUUAUGGGAAAAUGUGAAUAUGUGCUGUCAAAGGACGUGAACAACCAUUUCGCUGUCUUAACCAAGAACGAGCUCUGCAACAACAAUCGUGUUAGCUGUGUCUACUCUGUUACUGUGAGAGUCGGAAAGUUAAGCAUUAAAAUAAACAGAGGAGGACACAUCUUCGUAUCAGGAGUUCGUAAAUUGGCACCCUACUUCAAAAAAGGUGUAGCGAUAUCGAAGCAUGGUGCGAGAACCAUUAAAAUUCGAACAAAUGUUGGUCUUUCAGUAGAAUAUGAUGGCGUGUAUAAUGUUUUCGUGACAGUAUCUACUCGAUUCAAAGGAAAGACAGUGGGACUUUGCGGAAACUACAAUGGUAAUGCUAACGAUGACUUCAUAGAUUUUCACUCCCGACGCAGCAGUAACAUCCUUCAAUUUGUCGAUUCUUGGAAAGUAGACAAAAGUUGUGCUGAUACCCAACCGCAACCAGACCCAUGUGCUCUUGCAAGCCCCUUUGCCCUGAGAGCAAGGAACAAAUGCAACUUACUAAAAGAAAAACCAUUUCGACAAUGCCACAAUACGGUACGCGGGGUUUCACAAUUCAUUAGAGAUUGCAAAUUUGAUGUUUGUGCUUGUAAUAAUCAUCCAGCCUCAUGCAUGUGUGAAUCAUUUGCCGCGUAUGCAACUUCGUGUUCCCAAGCUGGAGUUCCCAUCACCUGGAGAAAUCUUCCUCGAUUUGCAGAGUGCAGGGCGCCAUGUGCAUCCGGUCCAUGUAGAAAUGGAGCUACAUGUAUAAAUCAAGGCAACGAUUAUGAAUGCAGAUGCGCCUCUGGGUACGGUGGAAGACAGUGUGAAUCACGGAGAUGCGGAUAUUCUAGAAAAUUGGGAAUGGAAAGUAAAAAGAUCACAGACUCACAAAUAACGGCAUCAUCGGAAUAUAGUCACACCUACCGUGCUGCCAACGCUCGCAUUAAUAUUGCUAAAUAUCACUAUUCAUGGUUAUCAAAACAUAAUAACCAUCAACAGUGGGUACAGGUUGACUUCAAAUUCCGUGCAACAAUUACCGAUAUUUUGACUCAAGGCCGUGGCAGACACAACCAGUUUGUGCGAAGCUACACUGUUUCCUACUCGAAUGAUCGUCUCAAAUUUAAACCUUACCGAGUGGGCAAUAAAGUUAAGAUAUUUAAAGCUAACAAUUACGACAGAUGCAUUGUUCGACGCUCAGUUAACCCCGUUAUCGUCGCUCGGUACAUCCGAAUCCAUCCUAAAACAUGGCAGGGUCAUAUUGCUUUGCGACUUGAGUUCAUGGGCUGCUUCCAAGAUCAACCAUGCGCAAAUGAACCAUGCCAACAUGGAGGACAUUGUACUAAUGUCGGUGGAAGAGCCGUUUGCACUUGUCUUAACGGAUAUUACGGGUAUAGAUGUAGACAAGAAGAAUGCAAGAAGCCGGCACGUCUUGGUAUGGAAAAUGGCAAAAUUUUGGACACGCAAAUAACAGCUUCAUCAUCAUUACCACAUUACGGGGUAGAGAAUGCCAGACUGAACCUCAAUGCUCGAGGAAACCGAUAUGGUGCUUGGCGUCCAAGAACCACUACAAGAGAAUGGCUGCAAGUAAAUUUCGGCGGUCGAGCUAUUGUGACUGAAAUCUUAACGCAAGGUCGCAGCAAUGCCAACUGGUUUGUUACAAUCUAUUACGUUUCUUACAGCAAAGACGGCAUAAGUUUCACCAUCUACCAUGAGAAAGGGCGUAAAAAGAUGUUUAAAGGAAAUAGACAUCAUCGCCUCAUUGCUCGUCAAAGAGUUUCUCCAGCCAUCGUCACCCAGUACAUACGCAUCCACCCGGUGCACUAUUCAAGCGCCAUUACUUUGAGGGUUGAUUUUUCCGGCUGCCUUAAAGAGUGGCCAUGUCAACCAAGACCGUGUCAUAAUGGUGGCACAUGUUUUGAUUUCAAUGCUGAUUAUCGCUGUUCUUGUGCUAAUGGAUGGGCAGGAAGAAACUGUGAUGUUAAAAUCGCAAAUUGCCGAUCCGAGCAUUAAGGAAACUGUCAUAUUUCAAGCAAGCAUUAAAAGUAGACACAAUAGAGUUAUAAUACAUAUAUUAGCAGAAAAAUAGCUUAAUCUGGCGUAUUUCUUUGAGAUCAAAGUUGUAAGCAACUUAUUCAAUAAAAUCCCGAUUGUAGUCAUUGACAUCUCGUACGGAUUGCUUGUCUGUGCUUUUCUUUGUUUUGUCCAGAUUUAUAUGAAAAAGAAAAUACUUGCCGUAAAUUAAAUCUGAAAGUAUAACCGAUCAUUAGUCCAACGAAAGGUUGCGAUACCCCACGUAGACGUAGUUCCAUCGCUAGUUUUUUUGCUAUUCCGUAUUCUGUCGCCGAUUGUUGUUCACCUAACGCCAAUAAUUAACAAAAAGGAAUUUCGUUCUAAAACAAUCAGCAAUCAGCAAAUUUGUUUACAUUUUGACUCCAUAAACCAAUCAGUAAAAUUUGUUUGUUCCCACCAAUGAUAUUUUUGAACAAUACAUGUACAUUUACAAAGUGGAUA